UAAGAUUUCUAAAGAGGUUUUCUAGUUUAAAAUAUCACCACGUAAAAUAAAUAUGGUAAAAAUGUUUGUACUUCUUCGGAAUACCUAUACUCAGUGCUCUCGUUUGGGAAUUAUAAACAAAUUCACUUGCAGAACUGCUUUAAAUUGUUCGGUUCCUCCUAAAAGGACUGUAUCAAUUAUUGGUGGGUCUGUUGCCCUAAAUCAGAGAAGUUUCUCAGAUAAACCACACAACCAAAAAACUACAGGUAGUUUACUACAAGAAAAGAUGGAAAACAAAACUGAAAAAAUUAAUGUAAAUAAGGAAGAGCUAAAGAAACGUCUAACGCCACUACAGUAUCAAGUGACGCAAGAAGCAGCUACAGAGCGACCAUUUACAGGUUGUUAUAACAAGCACUAUGAAAAGGGCGUAUACCGUUGUAUAGUUUGCCAGCAAGAUCUCUUUAGCUCGGAUAGAAAGUAUGAUUCAGGUUGUGGAUGGCCCGCAUUCAAUGAUGUGCUUGAUAAGGGCAAAAUAACCCUGCAUCGUGAUGCUAGUAUUCCAGUAGUAAUUUCGAAAAUGUUAGGCAUGGUGCGAACUGAGGUGCGCUGCUCCAAAUGCUCCGCGCAUAUGGGACACGUUUUCGAUGAUGGCCCGCCACCAAAGAAUCUACGCUACUGCAUCAAUUCGGCGUCGAUUGAUUUUGUACCGCUAAAGCCCAACAGCAACAUUGCCUCUGGUUCACCUUCCACAACUGCUUCUUUCUCAAAAGGGCAUGUGAAAAAAUAAUUAUCUGUUUACGUACAUUUAGUUUUUAUAAUCUAAACAAGCAAAUUUGUUUAUUCCUAUUUAGUACAUACAUAAAAAUGGUACAUAUUGUUAUUUAUAGAAGAAACUAAUAUAAAAUUGUAUUAUUAUGUAUAACAAUUUAAAAGAGCGAAUGUAUUUUUGAUAGAAAAUGUAAUGUGGAUCAUGAAAAAUUGCCUUGGGUAUAUACUUAAUGAACAUAUACAUAUUCACUAUAAUGUAUUUUUUUUAGAAAUUCGAUAUUUUCGUAUGAAUUGUCAUAAAUGGAUAUUUAUAUUGGUGACAUUUUUCUUGGGAGAGGUAAAAUAUAUUCUACCAGAGAGAUAUUUGGAUUUAAUUUCUCUUGACUAUGACGUUUUUCAUAAUUUUUAUUUACAUAUACAUACAUACAUACAUGCACAUAUGGGUACAUAAAUUCAUUUAAACAUUAACUAAUUCAUAUACAUAUAUGGUUUAAAAUUAACGCUUGCUAGUGUUUUUAUUUUAGUUUGCUUGAAAACUAUUUGUUGACUUGAUCAAUGUGGUUAUAAAUUGCGGCAAGCGUAGAGAAAUUUAAAAAUUUCGAUUUUUAUUGGUGGCAAGGUUGCGAUUUUUUUAAAUAAUUUUAAUAGAAAAUAUUAAUCUUCUGAAUGUUUUAAGUUUACCGACCAGUUCUCUAGAGUAUUGAAGACGAUGUAUCUGUGAGAGCUCUAGUUAAAAAUGGUUAAUUCUGAAACAAAUUAGUUUUUUAAUUAAUUAAAAUUAAAAUGUUUUCAUUUAAUCUGUAUUUGAGAUUAAAAAUUUAGAAAAUACCUUUAAUUAAGAUUUUCUGGCUUACAAAAUAAAAGAAAAUUUUAAUUCAAAUAUAUGUAUAUUCAAUUGUUUUUUUUUAUUUCAAUGCAUUAAUUGCAAUUUUGCUUGGUUGAACUUCUUUCCUUAUAUGCUUUCCGCAAAAAUUUUCUUAGAACAAUUCACAUGCAGAGUUCGAGUCGCGAUCAAGUUUGUUAGUUUCGCGCACGAACGCUUUGGAAAGCAAAUAUACUACAUUCUAUGCCUACGCAUAACUUCAAUUACGUUAUAAUAAAUCGCACUACGAGUGCAUCAAAUACUUUGUAUGCUGAUAUGUUCGGCGACCAAAUAUAAAUAUUAUUUCUUUUGUUUAUAUUUAUUAUAUAUUUUUUUUUAAUAUUUGCAAAUUCAUGUCUGUACCAAAUGCUGCUUAUCAAUAUGUUAUUAAAAAAAUUGUUUUAAAACUAAAAAUAUAUACAGUUGUUUAUAUAUGAAAUUUUGACUUUGAAAAUAAUAAAUUUUUUUCGUAUAUUUUUUUCUAUUUCUCCCUUUUUCGCUUUUUAUACAUGUGCCUGUACGGGGGUCUGAAAAAUUUACACUCACCACACAUAAUUAUAAAAUAAACGCAUUCAUGUUUGCUAAUACAUAUUUAUAUCGAAUAAUGCACAUUCGCAUAUUAAAAUCUAUUGCAUACUUCAUUCAUAAAAUAAUUGAUAUGUCAUAACAUACAUAUCGUUUUUUUUUUUUGUUUUCAAAACUUGUUAAACAAUGCUAAUGCUUAUCAUAAUUUUAUAUACAAUUAAUUAACUGUAAUCAAAAAUAAUAAACUGACAUUCUACGUAACUCAUUCAAUGCACAAACAUUUACUGAGUUAAUUUUACUCUUUGCUGAUUUUCUAUUUAAUAAUGCAAUUUGCAUUUAUCGUUUACCCUAAUCAUUUCUCUUCAUUCUUCUAUCAUCGCUUCGUUGUUAUUUUUAUUUCUACUUAUUUUGCUGUCUAUUUUCAAUCUCAUCGAUUAUUUUUUUACCAAUGCAUUUCAUAUUCUGCUAUACUAUUUGCACUAUUCAUUUGUUCAACAUUUGUUUUUGUAUUUGUCAAUUUUUUCCGUUAAUUAUUUUAUUUUUAUUAUUAUUAUUUUAAUUCAAUGAACUAUUUGUCCUUUGUGCGCCCUCUGAAAUAAAAUUAUUAAAAUCAAAUAAUAAUAUGGCUCCAUCAAAAACAACAAAACCUUAAACCCAAAUUUAAUUUACACCAAUUGCAAAUUAACUGAAAAAUGCAAAAUUCAACUUGAAUAAUCGUAAAAUACAUCUCUAUGGAUUGUGCAUAAUUAACAUCCUUUGUAUUUUUUACCUGCCCAUCACCAAAUAUAAUAUGUAAUGUAUACAAAAUAAUAUGUUGUUACUAUUUAUAAAUAUAAAUGCGUAUAACCCACUUGUGCAAAACAAAUCAAUUAAAAGGGGGUAAUAUUUUACUACUAAUUAAACAUCCAGAACGCAUACGCACAGAAGUACGCUGCGCUCGUUGUAAUGCCCAUAUGGGGCACGUCUUCGAGGAUGGACCCAAGCCCACUCGCAAACGGUAUUGUAUAAAUUCGGCUGCAAUCAAUUUCGUCUCGGCCGACGAGUUGAACGAUGCCAAUGGUGUAGGUUUCACCGAAAGCACGCCCACAUCCCCCGCCACGCCCAUUGUGCAGCAAUAACGAACAACAUGCGAAUACCUGAAAUGGAUAAAUGACGAAAACGGUACAAAUAUCAUCGACGACUAUGCUGAAUUGAAUUGAAUUAGAUAGUUGUGAAAUUUUAUUUAAAAAUUAUUUACAUACAUAUUAUUAAUGUAUGAAAAUAAAGUAUGAAUAAACAAGCCAAAUUGUGGAAUAAUGGCAGUUGCCAAAUAUGAUUAACUUCUCAAUAAUAACAAGCGUAAUUAUCCACAAGAGAAUCAGAAAAAUAUUUUCUUUUCAAUUCAAUAAUAAGCAAUUAAAUUGUGGUUUGUUAUAAUCGGUAGUAUUUUAAGAUACCAUGCUAUAAACUAAAAAUCUGUAAAUGGCGUUAAACUUUCUGGAAGAUAUGGCUAUUAAAUUUGAACCAAAUUCAUGUAUACGUACAUAUGUAUAUAGAUAGUGCAAACUCGUGUAUUUUUGCAUAUACAUAUGUAUGUCGGUAUGUAUGUAAUGGGCGCUUAACAUAAAAAGAAAAUGGAAAUUAAAAUAUAUACGCCAGAAAAGAAAACGCUGUACAUACUUUUUCAAACAAUAAUACCAAUUAUGUUAAGCAGAACCUCUAUUUUCCAGAAUUUUAUUGUCCAUAAUUCCAAUGUAUACCAAAUAUUUGUACGUAAUUUUUAUUUUACAUUUAUUAUAUUAAAUUUAAAUUAUUAGUCACGGUUGUUAAUAGUCAAUUAGCUUCUCAAUUGUUUGUUUCACCAUAAAUUGUCAAUUCCUUUUGUACCUAUGUAAAUAAUGUACGUACUUCUGUUAUUUUCUAAACUAAUAUAAUAAAGAAAGAAACUUUGAUUUUUUUGAUAAAUCCAAAAA